GGCGGUUCGUAUAAAGCUGCUGGCUGCUGCCUUCUUCUUCUUCUUCUUCUUCUUCUACAUAUAUCUACUACUAUUACAUAUCUACGUAUAUAUAUAAUACAGCAUGUCCGUAUUCAUUGUCUCUGCUGCGCGCACUCCGGUCGGCAAGUUCGCCGGAUCACUGAAAUCAGUCAAGGCUCCUGCUCUCGGCUCUGUCGCGAUCAAGGCAGCUCUCGAACGGGCGCAGAUUACUGACGAAAACAAGGCGGCAGUCGACGCGGUCUACUUUGGCAAUGUGCUUCAGGCGAAUGUAGGCCAGCUGCCGGCGCGACAGGCUGCUAUUGGCGCAGGUUUGCUGCACGAGACGGAGGCGACGACGAUUAACAAGGUGUGUGCGUCGGGACUCAAGUCUGUUGCGCUCGCGACGCAGUCUAUCUUGACCGGGGAUUCGGAGCUGGUGGUUGCAGGUGGAAUGGAGAGCAUGUCGAACGCGCCGUUCUACUUUCCGCGAGGAGCGCAGUAUGGACAUGUGACGGCAGCCGACGCGAUCAUCCGCGACGGUCUCUGGGACGUCUAUGAUGAUAUUCACAUGGGCAUCUGCGCGGAAAUGACAGUGAAAAACUUCUCACUGACCCGCGAGCAGCAGGACGAGUAUGCGCAAGAGUCGUAUCGUCGGGCGAUUGCGGCGCAGGACAGCGGCGUGUUCGCGGCCGAGAUUGCGGCGGUGGAGAUUGCGGGCCGGGGCGGGAAGACGGUGACGGUGACGGAGGACGAGGAGCCAAAGUCGGUGAACCUGGCGCGGUUGCCGUCGCUGCGGCCUGCGUUUGACAAGAACGGGACGGUGACGGCAGGAAACGCGUCGCCGCUGAACGACGGCGCGUCGGCGAUUGUGCUCGCGUCCUCGCAGGCGAUUGGGGAUUACGGGCUGGCGAAGCCUCUUGCGAAGGUGCUUUCGUACGCGGACGCGUCGACGAAGCCGGUUGACUUUACGAUUGCGCCGAGCAAGUCGAUUCCGCGAGCGCUCGAGCGGGCGGGAGUGAGGGUCGGUGAUAUCGCGCGCUGGGAGAUCAACGAGGCGUUUGCGGCGGUGUCGAUUGCAAACAUGCAGAUUCUGGGCCUCGACCCGGCGAAGGUGAACGUCGACGGAGGUGCGGUUGCACUCGGACACGCGAUCGGCAGCAGCGGCAGUCGGAUUCUUGUUUCGUUGGUUUACGCGCUGAAGCCCGGUGAGUUGGGCGUUGCUGCGAUUUGCAAUGGCGGAGGAGGCUCGACUGCGGUUGUUGUGGAGAGGUUGUGAGUGAUGACAUAAGAUGUUAGAUGAUUAUGGAUCAUUGUUCGACCGAGGCCGAGAUAUACGUCGAUAUAAAAGUGGUGGUUUCUUCACCACAUUUUGAUACUGUUUAAUACUGUUAAUACUCUUAUACUCUUAAUACUCUUCACUCACUAUCACAAUGUCAACUGUAAUUGCCUCCGGUGUCUAUGUGCCCGCUCCGACGUUCUUCGUUCGCAAGUCAGACGAGGAGUACGAUGAAUUUGCACCUGCGCUCGACCUCGACACGCAGCUUCGACACACAAUCU